GGUAAGGAAAAAGUUGUGGGUUCCAAAUAAUGAAUCUUGAAAAGAAAAGCGCGUGUUAAAGGACAGCCGGCUGAAUCCAUGGCCUUCACUCACCAACCACCGCCAAUGGCUUCCUCCGCCCCUCUUUCUCUCUCUAACCUCUUCCUGCCACCAUCGUCGUCGUCUGCCCUCUAUCUCCACCAUGGCGCCGAUUUCCGACACCCGACCAGCACUGCCGGGAUGUCUCUCUUCUCUCAAAAGCCAAUAUUCCAACAACUGCCCGUAAAAAGGGAUUCAAGAUCAGUCGGCCUUUUCGCACCAGUAAAGGUACUGACCAAUAAAUCGGAAGCUUUAAUCGGAGAAGAGGAAAAGGAAGGCGUUGAAGAAAACGAAGACGAGGGUGAACAGAGUGGAGAGCGGAAGGUGGGUUCGAGGGCUACGGAGAAACCGGCGGAGCUACGCCUACCGGAGAGAUGGCGCGAGAUUCACGGCAGCUCCAACUGGGAGGGGCUGCUCGACCCUCUGGACCCACUUCUUCGCACCGAGCUCAUCCGUUACGGCGAGAUGGCGCAGGCCUGCUACGACGGCUUCGAUUUCGACCAGUUCUCCAAGUACUGCGGCAGCUGCAAGUACAACCGGCGCCACUUCCUCGAAGGUGUCGGGCUGCCGGAGUCCGGUUACGACGUCACCCGCUACCUCUAUGCGGUCUCCAACGUCAACCUCCCCAACUUCUUCAAGAAGUCGCUGUGGCCCAAGAUCUGGAGUUCCCGGGCAAACUGGAUCGGGUACGUGGCCGUGUCAAAGGAUUCCACCAGCCUGGGGCGUCGAGAUAUCAUGGUGGCCUGGCGCGGCACCGUCACCCAGCUAGAGUGGGUGGCCGAUCUCAUGGACUUCCUCCAGCCCGUCCGGUUACCCGGCCACAAGAAGCAAAACCCAGAGAUCAAAGUCGAGUCUGGUUUCUUGGACCUUUAUACCGACAAAGACCCUGCUUGCCGGUUCUGCCUGUUCUCAGCUAGGGAGCAGAUCCUGACGGAGAUCAAGCGGCUGGUGGACCAAUACAGUGGUUCCGGCGAGGAGAUGAGCAUCAGCAUCACGGGUCACAGCCUCGGCAGCGCGCUUGCCAUCUUAUCGGCGUAUGACAUCGCCGAGAUGCGCUUGAACGUCCUCCCGGACGGCCGGACCAUACCCAUUGGGGUCUUCUCCUUCUCCGGACCGCGGGUAGGGAACCGGCAGCUCAAGAAAAGGUGCGAGGAGCUGGGAAUCAAAGUCCUCCGGGUGGUCAACGUUCACGACACGGUGCCCAAGGUGCCCGGCCUGCUCCUGAACGAAAGGCUGCCGGGGAUGCUCCAAGGCCUGGCCGAUGCCCUGCCUUGGGGUUAUACCCAUGUGGGUACAGAGCUCAGGUUGGACCAUACCAUGUCGCCGUUCUUGAAGGAGACCAGCGACCCGUCUUGCUUUCACAACCUGGAAGCCCACCUGCACCUGCUGGACGGGUACCACGGCACGGGAAGGAGGUUCGUGCUGUCGAGUGGGCGAGACCCGGCGCUGGUGAACAAGGCGUGCGACUUCCUCAAGGAGCAUCACCUGGUGCCGCCGUUCUGGCGGCAGGACGAGAACAAGGGGAUGAUGAGGAACGGAGACGGGAGGUGGGUGCAGCCGGAAAGGCCCAGGAUCGAUGACCACCCACCUGACACUCGUCAGCAUCUGACGCAGAUCAGAUUGCAUUAGCUUGAAGAUCCAAAACCCAGAACUCUAUACGGCCGUCCGUGGCGGCCCGUGAUGCUUCAUACUCGUAUAAAAAUAAAUACAUAAGAGAGAGAGGUGACAGGUAGUAUUGUCAGACGAACGACGAUGCAUGUAUUGUAUUUGUUAAAUUCUAAAGUGGUGUCUGUUUAUAUGAUUUGGUGGUUCUUAAAAGAUAUGUUUUGGCGUA